AGAGUGAAGUCGCGUCUCUUGAAAGAUGGCCAGAACCAAGCAGACGGCUCGGAAGUCUACUGGUGGCAAAGCACCAAGGAAGCAGCUCGCCACUAAAGCGGCCCGUAAAAGCGCACCCGCCACCGGCGGCGUGAAAAAGCCUCACCGCUACCGUCCUGGCACUGUGGCUCUCCGAGAGAUCCGGCGCUAUCAGAAGUCCACCGAGCUGCUGAUUCGCAAACUGCCUUUCCAGCGCUUGGUGCGUGAAAUUGCUCAGGACUUCAAGACCGACCUGCGUUUCCAGAGUUCGGCCGUGAUGGCUCUGCAGGAGGCCAGCGAGGCUUACUUGGUGGGGCUUUUUGAAGAUACUAAUCUCUGUGCCAUCCACGCCAAGCGAGUCACCAUCAUGCCCAAAGACAUUCAGUUGGCUCGCCGUAUCCGCGGCGAAAGAGCUUAAGGUCUUCAUCUCGGAAACUUGCUUACACCCCAAAGGCUCUUUUAAGAGCCACCUACUCUUUCACCUCA